CUGCAGGCGGCAGUAAAGCCGCUCUUACGCUCAAAUACACGCGAUCUUCACGCGCGAGGAACGCGUCGUUCUUUUUCCGCCUGCAUCAGCAGCGACUGCGAGUGGUAAGAUGCAGAUCUUUGUGAAGACCCUGACCGGUAAGACCAUCACCCUCGAGGUCGAGCCCAGCGACACCAUCGAGAAUGUGAAGGCCAAGAUCCAGGACAAGGAGGGUAUCCCUCCUGACCAGCAGCGUCUGAUCUUCGCUGGCAAACAGUUGGAAGACGGCCGCACGCUGUCAGACUACAACAUUCAGAAAGAGUCCACGCUUCACCUGGUGCUGCGUCUCAGAGGAGGCAUCAUCGAGCCGUCCCUCAGACAGCUGGCACAGAAAUACAACUGCGAGAAGAUGAUCUGCCGCAAGUGUUACGCUCGUCUGCAUCCACGUGCCGUCAACUGCCGCAAGAAGAAGUGCGGCCACACCAACAACCUGCGUCCCAAGAAGAAGCUGAAGUAGACUGGAGCGUCUCUGUGUUUCAGGAGCGUCUUCUUUCAAAUAAAUUGUUGAAAACAGU